AUGACAGUGCCAAAUAUUCGGAUAUUCAAGUGCAUUGCUGAUCUCCGCAAAUUUCGGAAAGACUGCUGGAUCAAGGAUUUGUCUGUUGGAUUUGUUCCUACGAUGGGAUAUCUUCACGAGGGACAUCUUUCUCUGGUCCGUCAAUCGCUCGAGCAAAAUGACGUUACAUUGGUAUCCAUUUUUGUGAAUCCAUCGCAAUUCGCACCCCAUGAAGAUCUAGAUGCCUAUCCGCGCAACAUCGAGCGCGACCUUCAACUUCUGGAGUCCGUCGUUUCCAAGGACAGGGCCCGUCGGGUAGCCGGAGUUUUCACUCCGUCCGUUAGAGAGAUGUAUCCAAGUGGUAUUCCUCUUGAGACCAGUCAGCAGAAAGGAGCCUUUGUGAGCGUGAGCGGAGUUUCCGAACAGCUUGAAGGCCGCGCUAGACCUCAGUUUUUCAGAGGUGUGGCUACCGUUGUCACUAAACUGUUCAAUAUUGUGGAGCCCACAAAUGCAUACUUUGGACAGAAAGACGUCCAGCAGUCUAUCGUUAUUAAAAGAAUGGUGUCAGAUUUGUUGUUCAACGUCCAAAUCCAUGUUGUUGAUACUGUGCGUGACAAGACGGGUUUGGCCCUGAGUUCGAGAAACUCCUAUUUGAGUGAUGAAGUUAAAAAACAGGCCAGUGUAUUGUACCGCUCGAUGACAGGUGCUCGCUCACUGUACGCAAACAACGGCAAUUUGACCACUGGGGAGCUGAAAUCCAGCAUCGAAAAAACCAUUGUUGGUGAAAACGACAAGUUCGAAAUCGACUAUGUCGCAUUCAAUUACGCGGACACCCUCGAAUAUGUUCCUGAAGAUGCCACCAUCGACAAGGAACGAGAAUGCAUUUUGAGUCUGGCCGUGAGAGUUCCGAACAGCAACACCGAAAACAGCGGAACAACCCGUCUCAUUGACAACAUUGUGUUCACGAAAUGA